GGAGGAGCACGCUGUCGACGCUCUCCUGUCACGCCUUCAAGCCUGGGCUCUUGUUCGCUCGCUCGCUCGCUUGUUCUCUCCUCUCCCCCACCCCCAGCUUCGUUGCCCUCUCCUUCUCUCUCUCUCUCAUUUGCAUUGGGAGAUUUUUGUUAUUACUGUUAUUAUUAUUUUUAUUUUGGUUUCGCAAUAUUUGAAGAGCUCAUGUAUAUAAGGAUAUUUUUCCUGGUUGUUAUGUAAAAAGGGGGACUUCAAUACUGUGAAGAAUUAACCCUUUGGCUCCGAAGAGUUUGAGGAAAUUGGAAGACAGCGCAAAAAUUGGACCAGUCUUUCUUAUCUCUCUUUUUUAAAUUUCUGUUCAUUAGUUUUUUUUAUUUUGGUUUAUUGUCUUCUGGUUUUUCGUUAUCGACGUGGUGGCUAACGAAGCAAAGAACACAGAACCCAUCACUCAAAAAAUAAUAAUAAAAAGAAACAAACAAACAAACAAAAAAUAAUAGUUCUCGUGCAUAAAUCUUACCUUCGUGAAAAACCGAUUAAGAACCUCGAUCCCUCGACCACAGAUACUUCAAAAACUCAAACAAGGAAACUGAAAACAAAACAAAAAAACAAAAAACAAAAAAAAAAACAUGUGCACUUUUCACCGAGAGGAGUUGACACCCGCCAUCUAGUCGCUCUCCGCCUUCAAAGUAUGAGAAGAAACGAGAACUAAAAGAAAAUAGAAGAAGAAAAAAAAGAGGAGAAAAACAAAACAAAAAAAAACCUUUCUCAAAAUUUGUUCUCGCGACUUCCGUAGGACUAUUUUCCUACUAGUCUUCUUGUAGUCGACAGAAGCAGGACUGAGAGUGCACCAAUUCCUCUAGGCACAUCCUACGCACCGUAUUCCAGUGUUGAAAAGUCAAGUCGCGAGCGAUGCGGGGUCACUGACCUCCUCCCCCUCAGCGUCGACGUGCCGUGAAAUCACCCAAGAUGGCAGGGGAAGUCACGGGGUCACAUACAAACCAUUCGAACACGGCGGGAUCAGAGCGCAGGCGCGACCAAUCACAACCCUCGGCGAAUAAUAGGGACACGCUCCGAGCCAAUGAGAACCCUCUUUUCAUCUUGGAGAAUGCAUUCGUCGAAUCAAACUGUUCGGAUUUCAUGGACCUGGCUUCGAUGAACGGAUCCUGUGGAAAUUUCACGGUGGCUUCGAACUUCACCAAUUCUACAACUAUGGCGGGGGAUUCGUACUACUUUUAUGAGACGGAGCAGUUCGCCGUGAUGUGGAUUCUGUUCAUCUCCAUCGUGGUUGGCAACGUGGCCGUGAUCGUGGCGCUGAUGCUCUCCAAGACCAGGAAGUCGCGGACCAAUUUCUUCAUCAUGCAUCUUGCGUUGGCGGAUUUAUCGGUAGGCCUUAUUAGUGUACUGACAGACAUAGUGUGGAAGAGCACAGUAUCUUGGCACGCGGGCAACGUCGGCUGUAAAGCAGUAAGAUUUGCACAGGUGUUAGUGACAUACUCCUCGACAUACGUGUUAGUGGCUCUUAGUAUCGACCGAUAUGACGCUAUUACCCACCCAAUGAAUUUCUCAGGAAGCUGGCGUCGCGCUCGAAGGCUGGUGGUUGUCGCGUGGCUCCUCUCAGCUGUCUUCGCUUCCCCGAGUCUGGUGUUCUUCAUGGAGGCUUAUGUGGACGGUGUUAACCAGUGCUGGAUCGAUUUCCCAGAGGCUUGGCAGUGGAAGCUUUACAUGACGUUGGUCGCUAUCACCGUCUUCUUCUUCCCCACCAUCAUCAUCGCCGCUUGCUAUGCCAUCAUCGUCUACACCAUCUGGAGCAAGAGCAAAAUCAUGACAGUUACCAGUAAAGCGAUGGGUAGUAAAAACGGCGAGAAGCGGGGCGCGGCCGUGCAUGAGGACGACUCUCGGCGCGCCAGCUCCCGAGGUCUCAUCCCGAAGGCCAAGAUCAAGACGGUCAAGAUGACACUCGUGAUUGUCUUCGUCUUCAUCUUGUGCUGGUCGCCGUACAUCGUGUUCGACUUGCUGCAAGUGUACGGCUACGUGCAGACCCAGACUCAGACGAGCGUGGCGGUCGCAACGUUCAUCCAGUCUUUGGCGCCCCUCAACUCGGCAGCCAACCCUAUCAUCUACUGCCUCUUCUCGACGCACAUUUGCCGUAAUCUCAGAAGAAUCCCUGCGAUAAAUUGGGUGGUGACGAGAGUGUUCCCGUGCCUGGCGUGUGCCCAGCAGCCCCUGGAGCCGGACGGGCCCUUCCGCCGCUACGGUACCGAGUACACGACCAUGUCUGACGCCUCCAGCCGCCGCCACACCCUCACCUCCGUUCGGUAUAAUGCCAGGUACAACCCGAUGCGUCAGGGCGUCGAGCUCAACAAGGGCGUGACGCAGACGACGACGGUGCCGAAGGAGUACCUCAACACUGAGCUCCUCACUUACAACACCAAGAGGAAGCAUGACUCGUACAUCAAGGGAUCCGUCGUUUAGGGAAAUGGCAUCAUGGUGUUGGAAAUUUUAAAAGGUGGAAUUCUUACAUUGAUACAUAAAAAACGUGUGAAUAAGUGAUUAAAUAAUAUGUCUUGAGUCUUGCGUAUGAAUGAAGAGAAAUGCGUAUUUAAAAUGUGAACUUAUACAUUACAUAUACUGUAUAUAUAUGUGCG